GGAUUGACGCUUCCUAAUACGAUAUCUCUACCUUCAAGAUUCCAGUCGCAUUUCGAAAGCGUAGUAGUUUGCAAGUAUCUUCAACCACACCAGCCUCAUUAUACUUGAAUCACGAAUCUCGAAAGCAAGUUGAGAUUUGAAAGGCUUCAAUCAAGCUUGAAAGCUCUUUCCACCAUUACAAUCACACUCUGCGAAUCAUCAAAUAUGCGGUCUUAUAAUCCUAUGGAUAUAUUGGGGGAAAUAAUGGUCUAUUUCGAAGCUACUGAGAACAAGCCUCAAAACCAGCUAGUUCGUAUGGUUUUCGACAAGGUUUUGUUUCUUGCAGCUUAUGGGCCGCUUGCUGUGGGUUGCCUUGUCGGCUGGGUCUUGUUCGCAAUUACGUUUAUCGCUGUGGUCCCUCUUUUCAUAGCAGCCUUGGGUAUAACCUUCGUCUCAGACGCUAUUGCUAUUUCUUUGGCAAAUGUCAAUCGCACAAUCAAGCAUUGGACUUCAAAAAUGUGGUGCAAAAUCUCGGACAACAGCAAAAAUCCAACAACAUAUCAGCUGCCUACAACCAACACUCCGCUCGUCAAUCUUACUCCAAAACACUCUUCAGUAUCUAGUUUGGCUUCAAAUGGCUUCAUCGAAAAAACUAGCGGCGAGAGAAAAUCCGCACUUCACGGUAAUCCUACGACAACAAUAACAUACAUUCUCUCUGAUCCAGCCCCGGUAUUUCCUUCUCCAUGCGCUGAAAUAAGAUGUCACUCUAGAGAGAGACUCACUAGUUACGGUCUUUCCUCCUCCUCCAUAUAGCUAAAUUGUUACUUGAGCCCAAAUUUCUCGACGGAUAUGAUUGAUAUGUGAGUUCCCUGAGCUGCAUCUCGGAAUAGGAUAAAUUCGACUGGCAUGAUAUGUUUCGCUGGGUGAUCUUGAUAUAUGCUGCGCUGAUUUUCGGGAUGGAGAUGGAAGGGAAGAAUCAAAAUUUGCGGACAAAUAUUUGGAGUUCUAUAGGCUUCAAUUUUAUAGGGGCAUGGUGUUUGAUUGCUGAAAUUUCAACA